AUGAAGCCCGGUGCUUGGUUCGAGGCGCAGGAGGCUGAGUUGAUAUUCACCCCCGACGCGAAUACUCCUAAGCCUAAUCCUGAGAUGCAAGCGUUGAGUGAUGACGUUAUAGAAGCGGCUGGUAAGGUCGGUGUUGAUAUUAGGCAAGCUCAUGGCUGGCAGCAAUCUAUCGAGGAUGUCGGCUUCAUUAAUCACAAGAUGGUGCAUCUGCGUUGGCCACUUGGGCAGUGGCAUCAAGACCCCAAAUGGAAGGCUGUCGGACGCAUGAAUCAGCUGAAUAUGCUCAAUGGCAUUGAAGGGUUGACUCUGGCAUACCUCGUGAGGCUGCGAGGCGAUGAUCCCGAAGCUGUAAGGCAGCGGCUCGAAAGAGUGAGAGCUGAGAUGCGGGACAAGGAUGUCUGGCAGUUCAUGGACUUAUACAUACACAUUGCCCAGAAUCCACAUUGA